GUCAUCGCUGAUUCCCGAGCUUUGAAGUUGUUGAGGGCGCUCUUGAACGAACAUUUUGCCAUGGUGCGGCAGCGAAGACGGAUCUGAGCCUCUUGCUACCCAUCUGCGCCUGGGACGCUGGCAGUUGACCGACACCGCGCGGCCUGACGGCAUUUGAAGAUGCCCGCCGUCAGGGCGAGUCUCUGGAACCGCAUGGUCGCAACACUGUGGACCACCAUCAUGGCGUUCCUGCGGCGAGGGGCUCCCGAGGCGGCGCCCGACUCAGUGACCGACUUGGAGUCGAGCAUGCAAGAUGUGACGCUGGAAGAGUCAUCAGCAAUCGCCGCAGAAAACCCUACGAUGCAGUCAAGGAACCGGUUCCUGUCGACGCUGAUGCAAGCGCAGCAGACAGGGCGCGCCCCCUGGGUGGCGCGCAAGCUCCCGCGCGAGGUGUGCAAGCGGCUGAAGGUCCCAAAGGGACGGGGCCGGGGGGGCCCCAAGAAGAACAUGGCCUGGCUGUGCGAGAAGCUCGAGCGGCGGACCGUCAAGUUCAAGCAGGCGUCGUGCCUCAAGGUCGUGUCGGCGGUGCGCGAACUUAUAUCUGAGAUGGUCUGUGCGGAGUUCGUUGAGAACCGGGACGCGUUUCUGCUGCUCCGGGGGGAUAUGCUCCUUGUGAAGAUUCUUCUGAUUACGGACCGGGUCGGGGGCCAAGAGAAGGACGGGGGGAGGCGGCACUGGGGCGGCGAGCGCGCGACGAUGCUCCAGCUACAAGCGUUGUGCCUCCAGACGCUGCAGGAUUUGUGCUAUGCAAGCCGGACGUGCCUUGAGAGCCUGUGCUGGGAUGACGAUCUGCUCAUGUUCCUGUUCAAGAGCAUGCACACCAAGGAGCUCUUCACGCCAGCGCUCGGCUUAGCGGAGGAGAUGGUUGGCUACCGCGACAAGCAGCUGGACCUGCGCAACGUGCCCCACUUUGCGGAACUGGUUGCCAGCUUCAGUGACGAGCAGCUCACGGUCUUCUGCCGCCUCCUCACGCUCACCGUUUCAGGGCCCGAGGACUACCGGGAUCCGAUUGAGAAGGUGACCGACUCGAGCCUGGUCGACUGGACCCGUCCGCCGUCCCGCUGGUCGGUGGCUAAGCCUCUCACGGGCGACCUCGAGCAAGUCUUUCUGAACGCGGAAGAUACGGCCUCGCUUUCGGAGCGCAACCACGCCCUGCUGAUAGAACUUCCUGGCCUGCUUGCGCGCCUCGUGAAGCUGCUGGGUUCGAAAAAGGUCAACUCGGACGUGACCUUCAGCGAGUUCCUGACAGAGACCCUCCAGCCCCUCCUGCGCACGCACCCCACAAUCGAGCACGGCGCCCCCCCUGAGGUGCAAACGCUUAUCCGCUUGAUGCGGGGGGGUCUGACGGGGGCCCGCAUCGCGCAUGGCGCAGGCGGUGCGAAUACCCUCGAGAUCGUGGUAGACCCUGCAGCAGCGGCGGGCGAGGAGCCGGAGGGGGACGCGCCGGAGGACGUGCAGCGGGAGAUGCAGCGCACUAUGGAGCAACAGGCGUGGCAGUACAAGGUGGAGAUCCUGUUCAUGUUCUGCUCGAUGUGCGAGGGCCGCGAGGCGGUGCGCAUGCAGGACGAGCUGGCGCGGCUGGGCCUCGUCCCGGUGCUCAAGGACCUUUUCAACGGCUUGGACUGGAGCUUGGCCGCCCCGACAGGGCCCCAGGAGUCGCACGGCCUGCACGGGCCGGGCUGCGAGUGCAACCCCGAGAUGACGAUGAAAGUGCAGCUGCUGAAGAUGGUGCACAGCCUGUGCGAUCGCAACGGCGACAACCGCGCCAACAAGGCCCUCUUCGUCCUCCCACAAACGCUCCCAGAAGAGCCGUCCGCCUCUCCAAACGGCUCACCACCCGCGUCCAAACCGCGCUCCAAGAGCUCGGUCGUCGGUGCGCAUCACGAGGGUUUCGACGAGAACGUGACGGAGGAAAAUGAAGAUGCGUCGCGUGCUGACUUUUCUGAUCGGACGGCAUUGAGCGAGUCAACGGAUGCUGACGUGGCGGGUGAUGACGUGGCGGACGGUAACUGGGCAGACAACGAACCUGGGGGGAGGAGUCGACCCUGGGGGAAUAGCGCAACGACCCCGGAAACACAGAGCAGUGGCGAGGCCUGGUUUCCGGUCGGGGGGGUGGCUGCCAAGCCAAAAACGGAGGGGGGGAGCGGUUUGUCAAUGAGAGAGCGGGUAAGAGAGGCUUUCGGCAGACGGACAGAAGGAGAAGCAAGCACAUCGGCGCGCGGGGAGGACGAGGGGCUCAUGGCGAGUAUUGUGCGGACGCUGAUGAAGCAGACGGCCGCGUCUAGUUUCAGGUUUUGGCUGGCCUCCUGCAUCGAGGUGUUCAUGCGCGGCUCCGAUCCCCGUCACCAAGAGUACAUUGCACAAUUCGGACUCAUGGAACACAUUGUGGAGCAGAUUUUGAAGCCGGGCUUCCAGCUGUCGUCCGAAUACCAGAUCAACUUCGACCUGCUAAGCGAGCUGGUCAAGUUUAACCCGACCAUGUUCGCCCGCCUCAACCGGCUGCUGGAUGGGCCCAAGUUCGACCGGUUCAUGGCCGUGGUUACGGAACACCUGGUGGACACAAACGUCUUCAUCCGUUCCCUCGUUCUCUCCCUCCAAUACUUCCGCCACGGAACGCCAGCCCCACCGUACCUGGGCGCAAUCCAUCCCGAACAGGACGCACCCGGCCCCUCUCCAUCGACUCCCUCCCCCUCCCAUUCCGGUUCCGACCUCGUUCCGGCGGAUUCCGGCGCCCCGAGCCCGCUCGGCGGUUCAUACUCGGCGUCGUUCCACCUGCGCGCCGCCGCGGCCGACCCUGGCGCGUGCAAGCUCGGAAUGUUCGUGGCGUGCAAUCGAACGCGGCUGCUGUACGACCUCAUGCAGGCGGUCGACAAGGAUGACGUCACGCAGGACAACAUGUGCGUGGUGAACACGUCACUGCUCUUCUUCCUCUUUGCCCGCCGCGAGGGACAGCUGGCACAGCUGCUGCAGCGGCUGCGCACGCGCCAGCAGGGGGGCGCGCGCGCGCUGCGCAACUUCCGCUCGCUGCUCGAGUACUGGAAGCACUACUACCUGCGGCAGCGGGGCCGCGACUCGCGGUCGAUUGAGUAUUCUACCAACGUCCCGUUCCGGGAGUGGUUGCGGAUGGUGGAAAGCCUUAGCGGAUCGGAAGAUGAGCCCCUCUCUCUUGUUUUUGGCGUAGAUGGAGGAGAAGCAUCGCAACUACAAGAAUGAUUCUUGUACAAGCAGUCCUUGGUCUGUACGUUCUUGGUCGAUAAAUUGAAUUGUUGGACUCUUGGAGCAGCACAUUAUGCAAUGGGUGUUACUUCGAGAAGUUAGUUUGACUCAAUUGGUCAGGUCUUUACAUGAUGCUGCGUAAUACCACCCUGUUGGGUUGCCUCCCGAGACUUGUGCUAGUCAAUCAUGCGUACACACAUAAAAGAUUUAGCUCUUUAAUCGACAUGGAGUACAUGGUGAUCAUACAUCGGAUGUAUGUAUUGCACUUACCC